AUGUCGAAAGAAAAGGAGUGUCAAGCCUACGAAAUUUUAAUAGAAAAACUGCAAACCUUUAACCCAGUGGCUAACAGAGAGUGUGUUGUGAAAAAAAUUAAUUCGCUACGUACCACAUACAGGAAGGAACUAAAAAAAGUGCUGGACUCCGAGCGAUCAGGUGCAGGAGAAGAGGACAUUUACGUACCUCACUUAUGGUACUAUGAUAUAACGAAUUUUAUAAGGGAUCACGAAACUCCCAAAAAUACAAAAUCGAAUAUUGAAGAUAUGCAGGUUUCUGACAACGAAUCAAUAACUCUUGAGUCUGCACAAUCUCCCGAUGUAUCUUUAGCAUCCACGCCAUGUUCAUCUACAAGUACAUCACAAAUAUCUUCCAAGCGAUCUCAAGCAUCCCAAAGAGGCAAUGACAAAUGCGAUGAAGUGCUGGAAGUGAUUGGAAAACGUUUAAAGGAACAGCCAACAGUUAAUACUGAUAAAUUUAGUGAUAUUGGAAAAAAUGGGCAUCAAAAUUAA